AUGUCCGGUCGCUACGGCAGAGGCCGUCCGUCGGUCCGCGAAUCGUCCGUUAUGCCUUCAGAAGUCUCCCACAAGUACGACGCCUACAUCGAGGCAAGGAGAAACUAUCUGGAACAAUCGGAAAGCGAAGAGGACGUCGAGAUUCGGACCAUUCUGCGAAGACCGCAGCAAAGUUAUUUGAGGAGAACCGGUGAGAAGAGUCCCCUCAAUUAAGUGCCUUCUAUUUUCCAACCUGUCCACUCGUUACACCCGUUAUUCGCUCGGAACGCUUGUGUGUAAUGCACGUCCGUUUCCCGCGCAUUCUCUCGGAUUUCACCCCCACCUGCCCGCACUUUCUAUCCAUUUUCAUUCCGGAAAUAUCAGAAUCAGAAUCCCCUAUUCAUCUGUCGUCCAAAUAUUUACUUUUUUUUCCGUGUGUCCGCCUUUUUGCGAGUUGGCAUAAUCAUAAUCAGCAAACAGCUUAUAACUCAUUAACACAGUCCUUCUCUCCGUUUUCUCCGAAUUCAUUCGUUUGCACUCAUCGCAUGUUUCAGCAUGGUUUCCAAUCCAAUCUCCGUCUUCCGUGCUAGAAAUCAACAGGACAAGAAGUCGAAAAAGGCCGUGGGUGAGUGGGAAUCGGUCCUUCGUCCUUAUCUACGUCAUCAUCUUCGAUGAGCCCGUUGUCGGCUUUUCACUCUUCUCUCUCCGCUCCGUUUCCCACACACUCUUUCUCUGUUUUUGGCAGCUCGUCAGCUCUCCUCUCCUUCUUCUUCUUCUCUUUCUUCUUCUAUUUCUUUUCACUCGGCGCAUCCUCCUGUUUCUUCCUAUUUUUUAUUAGCCAAGUUAUUGAGAAGUAAGCAAAAUUGAAUGGAAACGCGCGAAAUUGUGUGUGAGUUGUUUGACAAACCCGCGCGGUGUCUCAAGAGUAAACAGAGGGCACAACUCGUGGAUGUUUCAGUCUCGACGAGCAGCGAAGAGCAGCAGCCGCCACAGCCGACCACAAUGGUUCUUAUCCCGACAGUCACCGUUCAGGCAAGUGCGCUCCGUUGAUAACCACAGGGAAUAUUUGGAAUCCCCCCCUCAUUUUCACUCUUUUCGAGUGAUUUCUCUGAUCAUUUCAGGAAGCUCCGAAAGAAGUGGAAAUUCCCAAGGAGCCAGAAGCCAAUCCUUCAGGCUCUGCCGUCCAGGAAAUCCACGUGGAGGGCCCGAAAGAAGAAGAAGAAGAGCUCAAGCCCGAACCACACAUCGAUGAACAACCAGCAUGCUCAGUUUGCACAAAAGUUAAAGAAUUUGUGAAACCGUUAUAUGAAAACGUGAAAUCAAAGUGUCAAAAUACUGUGGAACGACUACUGGACCCCUCCCUCCACACCACCAUCCGCACGGAAUUCCUGUUAGUUUUACUGGCGCCCGGCCUCCGUUACCGAUUGCCAUUUCAGCCAAUACCUCCCUUGUUUCGCCUUCGCCGUUGCCGUCUUCUUCGUCGGAAUAACAUUCAUUUCAGCUUUCAAAGUUCUUAGCAACCCAAUUCAGCAGGAGCCCACCUUCUUCUGCAGGUGAAUUUCUCUAGCCAAAAACCGGAAAAAUGAUAAAUUUUUUUGCAGAACCUUUUCUCGUCCGUUCGCUCCACUUUUCGAUGCUCUUUGUGCUCCAGAACCAUACGUUUUCGCUGAUGAACUUCCGAAAGUGAUGGGCGGAUUAGUGGAUGAGAUACUUUUGAGUGAGUGGAAGCCAUGUCUAAUGUGUUCGAAACACUUCUUCCGAUUCCAGAUAUUGUCCAGUUCUAUCGCACCGUUCUCAAAGGGUUCACCGUCUUCGGCACUCUUUUCACUGCAAUUUGGCAUGGACUUUCCGAGAAUGUUUGUCCCUAAUUUCCUUGUUUCACUAAAAAUUUCGAGUCGUUCAGGUCUUCUUCGGAUUCCAUGAGCUUGGAGAGAAUAUGGGCGAGAACAUCAGUUAUCUACUCCGUUUCAUCGUUCAAUUCUUCCAACAAAUCAUCUACCUCUUCUUUUCCUCCCUCGCCACUAUAGCCGGGACGGUUGCAGGAGUAUUCACAUCGCUCCAUGAUUAUUUGGAACCUCAACGUCACAAUUGAAUAUUCUCUUGAUGUACAUAGAUUUAUUGAACUUCCGUUUAGCCUUUAUCUAAUUCACUUAACUCGCCGCCGUCUGUAGUCAUCUCUCCUGAAGUGUCUUCCCCCCGCAUGAUCCCUCGUUUUCUCACUUAACCUGUAAUUUGCCUCUUUCUCAUCUUUCCACCUCUUUUCAGGGCCGCUGAUUCUCAUUUGGUUAAAUACAGACUGCCUAUGUACUAAUUGACAUUUUUCAUUGAAUUUAUAAUAAAUCAUUUGCAUAAUCACUCGUUUGAGCACUGCACUUAUAAAUAAACAAAAAAGUGAACGAUUUCUGUUUUUUUUCAGUUGUUUCACUAAUUUCUUCGACUUAUUCACAACUACAUUGUAGCCGUCUCGUCGCAAUUCAAAUUGCUGCGCAUUUGCACGCAGCGAGGUUUAAAGGCGCACGCGGUCUCCCUGCUGUGAGGUCUUGCAACGACACUUGGCACACAGCCAACUGCACUGGCUUUCGAUCGAUUCGCACGCGAUUUCUGCGCCUCCAGACUCCAGAUUUGGCUCUUUUCUGCGUCACAAAGUUUCCGAUUUGUGGCCAAGCGAAAAGAGAGCCGCCCCCUGCCUUCCGAAGUCACUGCCGACGCCUUCUUUCGCUGAAAUUCGAGUCCCGGACGACGAUAUUUGGCCAUUUCAAUCAACUAUUCCGCACGCGUACCAAGUCCAAGAUCCCACACCUCUUUUCGUUUGUUUCCGUCUCGCUUUUCUGAGUAAUAAUGGUACGCGUGUGCAGAGUAGUACCCAAAGAGUGAGGAUUUCAUAUUUUUUCAUACUCGCAGCUUUUCUGGAGGCGGUUUCUUUCUUCCGUACAACUUUCACUGCUCGGAUUUCGAAAUCUAACCUCCAUGAACGCUGUUUGUGUUUGUCAUUUUAUAUUUUCAACAACAUUGGGUAUAUUUUUGUCCGACAUUUGUGGUCAUUGCAUUGAUUAUCCGUUUCACCGCCUCCAUUCCUUCCUCUCUGAAAAUUAGGACCUCUCGUGUCUGUUGGCGGUUGAGAGUGCAGUUUGAAUGAGUUAACCUUCAAAGAGUCACUGCAGUCACUGCCCUACACGGUUUCAGUUAGGAGUAACCGAUUGAAACUUGUUUCUGUCCAUAAAUCUUCGUACCCGAUUUCCAUAUUUUCUUUCCAGCUGGACGAAGUUUGCACCUCUCGGAGAUGUCAUUCCACGAACCCGAUUUGUCGUCUUCAAAACUCCCAUCAAUAGUCCCCUUUCAACGAGAAUCGAGAAAGAGCAGAGGUUUACGACAAGUGAUUUGUUUCGAAAGGUAACAAAUCGGAAUUUUUGCUGAUAAUCAAUCUCUGUUUAAUUCCAGAUAGGGGAGCGUGGUCAAUAUCUUGGGCUAGUUGUCGAUUUGACGGAUACCGACAGGUACUAUGACAAAGAAGACAUUACCGGAUUGUGUAUUCAAUACGAGAAGGUCAACUGUCCCGGAAGAGGGUAAGUCUUACUAAAUUUGUAGAUCUAAAGACCUUUAUUAUUCAGAUUCAUCGAAAGAGACGAAUGUGUGGAAUCAUUCAACCAGGCCAUUCAAGAGUACACUGACAAGUGCGAAGACAAAGAAGCCUUGAUUGGGGUGCACUGUACGAACGGAAUCAACCGUUGCGGAUACCUUAUCUGCCGGUUUCUCAUUGAGCGAUUAGGAUGGAGUUCGCACGAAGCCAUUGAUGCAUUCGAACAAGCCAGGGGCUACUCGAUAGAAAAAGGAGCUUAUGUGAUGGCGCUUCACAAAGCUGCCAAAGAUUCGCGAAACAAACGAGCUGACUCUGACUCUGAUUCAUCUGAAAGAAGGAGAAAGAAGAAGAACAAGAGAAAGCACCGCGAAGAGGAUAACAUUCAUAUGAUAAAUGCUAUUCUCGGCGAGUUGGGACAACAGACUGCCACGGUAUCCGGUACAUACCAUGCCUCUCCAAAUGGUAUUGCGACUCCGGAAACUGGUCCACCACAGCCGCAACAACAGCAUUGGGGAUUCGCCAUCAAAGUAAGAGUUUUUGCUUUGAGCAUUACUAGUUUAUUUACUUGUAGAGAUCUAAAUAUUCACAACUCAACCAGCCCGCACCGAUUACUGGAGCAGGAACGCCACCGGAGUCAAAAGAAGGAAACACGCCACAGGAAGACGAAGAAAUUGAAGAAGAAUAUGAAGGAAUGGAAGAGGAAAUCGAAGUGGAGCCGGGAAAAGGGCAGUCGGUAUCAUCAAAACGACGUGCUCGGAGGAACAGAAUGCAAAACGUACUGAAGGUUAUGGCUCGUGGAAAGUUCCAUGAGAUCCAGGCAAUGCGCGAGGAAGUGGCACUGACUCAUGGAAACGCUCGAGAUUAGCAACAUUCACCUAUCCAUUUUUAGAAUUUAAAAUUCAUUUGCUCAAUCGCGUUCUGUCUCUAAUACGUUCUCUCCCGAUCAAACUUUCCGAUCUUCAAUUGUACGUUCAUUAUCUCGAUCAUUUGGACAAGCCUACUUUGUUCUUGAUUCUGUCUAAUUUGAAAUACCAAACCAAUAAUGAAUCUUGUGAUUAUACCAUUAUAUGGGUCUUCUAACACUUCUAGGUCAUUUGAAUACACAAUACCUUCUUCACGGGCAGUAACUUCUCACCUCUUCGGCACUGUCGCACUUUCAGAUGAGUUCGGAAAACGUGGGAUUCUCACUCCGUCAAGGCACAGUUCUAAACAAUAAAAAGACGUUUAGAGUUCCUUUCAAGGUACAUUAGCAUCUGGAGAACUGUUUUCAGCAGAUUAUUCAGGUGUCAUGCAUGUGCUUCAGUCCGCAAAACGACCUGAUCGCUCUCGGUUCAAAGUCCGGAGAUGUCAUGUUGAAGAGGACGACGUGGAAAAUGAUUUGGAAGGUAAUCGGUAACACAGACGGAACAUUGAGUAGUGGUAAUGUUUGCAGGCAAGUGUGGGCAUGGUCCCGGCAGUUGGGGCGGACUGCACCAGCGAAAGUUCGGUAACCGCAUUGGAUUUCUCGCCGGACGGAAGAUUCGUCGCGGCCGCUACCAACAAGGGACUCGUCCAUCUUUUGGACGUCGAGUUGGGAAAAGUCAGAUAUUCAGUGAAGUAGGAUCCAAGUAGGAAUCGUAACAGAGAAAGAAAACUGUAAUUUCAGAAUAGCGAACGAAGCGACGAUUACCAGAUUGAAUUGGGCGAGUGCUCGCGAGGAAUCGUUCUCCAAUGUCUUCGAGGAGUUCGGAUUCUGUCCUUACACAAAAAGUGA